AUGACGGAUAAAGGAAAUGACGAAGCGGUGCCAAGAGUCACCGAACAAAUGAGAGAAGUGAUUGCUGAAGAGGUAGGAAAAGCAAUCGAGAAUAGUUUGUCGGGUUUUAUCGAUAAAAUCCAAACCACGGUGUUAUCAGUGGUGGAUGAAAGGAUAAAGAAAUUGGAGGAUAAUGCAAGUUCAGCCAAGGAGAAAUUGGUAGAGCGUAAGGGUUGCUCGUACAAAGAAUUUAUGGCAUGCAAACCACCACUCUACAACGGAGAAGUGGAUCCGAUAGUGUGUCAAAGGUGGUUAAGUGAUACAGAAGGGGUAUUUGAGAGAACCCACUGUGACGCAAAUGACUUCGUGGCGUAUGGCACGGGUCAACUGAGAGGACAAGCAAAAGAUUGGUGGGAUAAUAAGAAAAAGGAAAUCGGUAGUGAAGAAGCGAAGGCGAUGACAUGGGAUGAGUUUAAGGUACCCUUCCUUAAACAUCACAGUCCCAAGGCGGUUAUUAAUCGAAUCAAAGAGGAAUUUAUCCAGCUUAGGCAGAAGGGCGAGUCCAUUGAUAAAAUCACGGGAACUUUUCUUGACAAAUUAAGGUUCUGUGAUGAAUUGGUGACGACCGAAGAGCAGAAGGUGUAUUAUUAUUAUAAUAUGCUAAGCGCGGAGUAUCGGGAGUUCAUGACUCCCUCAAAAUACGAAACCCUCACCGAAAUCAUCAACGCCGCUCGGGAAAGAGAGAUAGAGUUGAAGAAACAAAUAGAGAGGGGUGAAAGAAGGACGCAAGUGGUUAAUCCAAGUCCCACGAAGAAGGCACGCGUGAAUGACUCGUCAAAGAAGCAAGAAGGAAAGAGUAGCUCGCCAAGCUGUAAAGUGUGUGGGAAAGGGCACAAGGGUGAGUGCCGGUUUAAGGACAAGCCGUGUCCUAUAUGCGGGAAGACAGGGCACACGGCUGUAUUGUGCCCGGGGAAAGUUUCGGUAUGCUACAAAUGCUAUCAGCCGGGUCACAAGAAAUCCGAGUGUCCGGAAUUGUCCGGAAAGAAGGAAGACAAGGGUGCGCACACUGAAGCACCAAAAGCAAAAGCUAGAUCUUUCCAGCUAACGGCAGUGGAGGCGAAAACGGAACCCGAUGUGGUCUCAGGUAAGGAAUCCGGGACGUCAAGUGGACACGCCGGAGGUGAUACCCGCGGAAAAGGUGUGCUUUGAAGGUAUGGAUGAAUCUCUCCCGGAUGAUGAUCAAGCAUUUUGUCAAGAACCGAACACGCAAUUUGAAGCUUCCGCACCGAAUAUGAUCUUGUCUAAACUUUAAACAUGUCAUAUAAAUGUUGUUAAUGAUGUUUUGA